GCUGUGUCCCAGGGCUGGGCGCAGGGACAGCGCAUCCCAGCACAAACAGAGCUAUUCUGGGCUGUGACCUGCGAGGAACCGCAGCCCAAAGCGGUGCCUGGGGAGGACAACCCACACAGCACAAUUACAGCAGCCCAGGGAGCGACCUGCCCUGGGGACACCGGCACAGCCGGGCCGGCACCGCUGCAGCGGGCACACGGUCCCUGCUCCCCCUCCGGCAUGGACCCCGCGGUGCCCAGAGCCACGCUGAAGGUGCUGGGGCUGUGCGCGGCGCUGCUGGUGCUGGUGGCGGCGGUGACGGUGGCCGUGGCGGUGAUGCUGUGGCGCUCCGAGGCGCUGGGCAAGCUGCGGGGCUGCCGGGAGCGCGCAGCCAACGAGAGCCGGGAGCUUGGGAACGCCGUGGCCGAGCUGGAGCGGGAGCGAGCGCGGCUGCAGCGGGCUCGGGAUGCGCUGCGCAGGGAGCUCGCCCAGGCCCAUGGUGACAGCAAGAAGCUCAAUGGCAGCCUGGGGUCCUGCCAGGAGCGGGCGGCCAGGCUGGUGGCCAAUGUGACAGCGCUGGGGGACGAGGUGCUGACGCUGCAGCGGGAGCGGGAUGAGCUGGCCCGUGGCAAAGCGGCUCUGGAAGGGGAGCUGGUGCGGGGUGAGGAGCAGGUGCUGGGGCUGCGGCAGCAGCUGGAGCAGGCGAUGGAGCAGCAGCGAGCGCUGCGGGCACGCAGGGAGCGCUGCGAGGCCCGGCACAGAGACCUCGAGGCCACCCUGAGGGACUACGCGGCCCAGGUGGAUGCUCUGCGGCGGCAGGCGCGGAACCGAGCGACCGGGCGCAGGUGCCCCCCGCCCCGGUAUUCCUGCAUGGCCGGGGGGGGGGGGUCACCCACCGAAGGGCUGAAGAGCCACAGCCCCCAGACCCCUCUCUGA